GCGGAAGUGAGGAGGAGACCCACGUGCCGCACUGGGUGACUGAGGGAAGAGCGCGUGCUGCACAGACAUGAAGAGACCGAAGUUGAAGAAGGCGAGCAAACGCGUGUCAUGCGCCAAACGCUUCAAAAUACAGAAGAAGGUUCGGGAGCAUAACCGCAAGUUACGGAAAGAAGCAAAGAAGAAAGGGAUUAGCCGAAAGCCUAAAAAGGAUGUUGGAGUACCCAACAGUGCUCCUUUUAAAGAAGAGGUGCUUCGAGAAGCUGAACAGAGAAAACAGGAGCUUGAAGCACAGAAACAGCAAAACAAGGUCAUUAAACAAGAAGAAAGAAAGAGAAAAAAGGACAAAGAAGCAGCCAGUGCUGAAGACGGACCUGCAGCCAAGAAAGCUAAGAAGGUGGAGAAGGCUAAAGUAGCAAAAGCCGCAGCAGCUAAAGAGAAAAACAGCAAAACUUUCAGAUGCAGUGAGCUGAACAAGGUGAUUGAAGCUUCAGAUGUGAUUGUGGAGGUUUUGGAUGCCAGGGAUCCUCUGGGUUGCCGUUGCCCUCAGCUGGAGGAAGCCAUCUUAAAACACGAGGGAAAGAAAAAGCUCUUGUUCAUAUUGAACAAAAUAGAUCUUGUUCCUAAAGAGAACCUGGAGAAAUGGCUCCGAUAUCUUGAAGCCGAAUGUCCAACAUUUGUCUUUAAGGCAGCAACACAAGUGCAGGACAGAACUGUGCAACAGAAAAAACAAAGUGUGGCUAUUAGUGUGGAUCACAGCCGAGCAGCCGUUUGUUUCGGAAGCAGUUCUCUUCUUCAGACACUUGGUGAUAUGGCUGCUAUAAAAGAUGAGGAGAAAAUGCUCAAAGUUGGUGUUGUCGGUUUUCCUAAUGUAGGAAAAAGCAGCAUUAUUAACAGUUUAAAAGAAAUCAGAGCGUGUAAUGUUGGCGUACAAAGAGGAUUGACUAGAUGUAUGCAGGAAGUGCAUAUUUCAAAGAAAGUGAAGAUGAUUGACAGCCCGGGGAUAGUGGCGGCCCCAUCUAACCCUGGAGAUGUGAUGGCCCUCAGGAGCCUGGAGGUGGAAGAGAAUGAGAAGAGUCCACUGGAUGCAGUCAACACUUUACUCAAACAGUGCAAUCAGCAACAUAUAAUGUUGCAGUAUAACGUCCCAGACUACCGAAACUCAUUGGAGUUCCUAACCACCUUUGCCAAAAAACGAGGCUUCCUGCAGAAAGGUGGCAUACCAAACACAGAGCUGGCAGCAACGACGUUCCUCGGUGACUGGACGGGGGCUAAACUGAGUUAUCACUGCAGAGUACCAGAGCGACAGGGUCUCCCUUCGUACCUCUCUGAUGCCAUUGUGACAGACCUGCAAUCGGGUCUAAAUAUGGACAAAGUGAGAAGAGGCAAUGAAGAUGUUAUCAAAAGUGUACGAUUCCCUAAUUUAGCCAGCAGUAUAAGUUUUAACUCCAAAGGCCCAACUGCUGGUGUGCUGAAAGUCAGUGAGAUGCCUACAGAGAAGCAGACGGCAGCGGUGACGACGACAACAACAGAUGUGGAGGAGAUGGAUGCGGUCAGCAACACGGAGCCUGAUGUUGAAACCCCUGCUUUAACACCAGAGACACAGACCCAGAAACCAACACAGAAAGGCAAAGGCAAAAAACCUGUUGAAAAAGCAGUGAAGAUUGUCACCAUCAACACUGACCUGACUUCAAUCCAACUGAACAGCACAGAGGAUGCCUAUGAUUUCAACACAGACUUUGUAUAAAGUGGCAUCAUGUGUUGACAAAUUAACGUGGACUGAAGAGAAAUGAUAUUCCACAACAACACUUUGUUUGACAGCUUCCUGGGAUCUGUAUAUCUGUGUAAUGGUCUUUUUGUGUAUAUGUAUUAAUACAUAAUCAAUUAUGCUCAAGAUUUUUUUUUUUUUGACAAAAUAAAGAGUUUAAACUCUA